AGUCUAUCAGUUAGUCAGAGUUUCUCGUAACUAGUGGAGGUGCUGAUUAAGUGCGAUUCGUUUUGUCGUUUGUUUUUUUUUUUCUCGUUUUCGUUGUGGCGGUCUUCUUGAGUGUUAGGAAAACGUUUUGUUUUUGCAAAUCAAACAAAUAAACAAAAAUAUUUUGUUUUGUGAAACUGAAAUCUAACCAAAAUUGGAAUAUUCCCAUAAAGAGAACCUCGUUUCUGAAGAUAAUUGAUUUGUGAUCGAUAAGAGCGCUAUUAAGACAUCAAAAAAAUAAAUAAAUAAUACGUAAUAUAGCCAUAAUCAGUGAAGAAUUAUCUGGAAUCGGUCAUAGAGAAAUUUUGUCCAGUUUCAAUGCUUAUUUGGUAAUUUCGAAGAAAUCUGCAUUCUGUCAUCUUGGAUAGUUAGUCAUUGCUGCAUUCAUUUACAGUUCGUGAACAUUGAAAUUCCAAAAAUCUUGAAAAUAGUGUUUAUCAUUCUAACGGUGUACCGGCAUUUUUAAUAAGUCCUAACGGAGGAACCAAACCCAACAAACAACAUUUAUAACCGAAGAUAGGAAAUACAAAUGCUAAACAACAACUACAACACUUUUUUGGAAGCCCUCAUAAUUUAAGCUGAUUAAAAGACCGGAAUACAGACGAAAGAACACCAAUCAAACACCAUCACGCAGACAUCUUAGACUCUAACUAAGCGGAAACAAAAACAUCGUUCAGCACAAUCCGAAAAUCGCAUGAAAUAAAUUAUUACAGCAAGUCAUUAAGUGAUUAUCGCCGUCAUUGUUUUCUUAUUUGACCGACAAAAAAGAAGAAAACGUCAAGAGAAGAGGUAGAAGAAGAAGAAGAAGGCGGACGAAUAAACCAAGUCUGAGAGGAACGUGUGAAAUGCUAACGAAUCGUCUUCAUCAUGACAGCCUUUAAGUUAACCGAAGUGAAAGCUGACAUCUUCCAAAUUCCCCAGUCGUAUUCGUUGGCCUUUAGCAGCACCGCUGAUUUCUAUGCCGAAAAGGGCAAAUUAGCAUGGAAGGUCGGAGUGAUUUUUGGCCAGUACGAUGAACUUAGUAGCCAGUACAUUACGAGUGGUAACGUUGCCGUUUUGGAGGAUCAUGCCCGUUUUAUCUAUCUACUGGUGACCAAAGAUAACAUGUACCACAAGAGUAGCUAUGGCGAUGUGGAGGCAUCGCUGAUAUGUCUGCGACAUCAUAUGCAAAAUCAUGGGGUUCACAAAGUCGCCAUGCCCCGGAUCUGUUGCGGCAGUGAUGGUUUGGAAUGGCCACAAAUCAAGAAAAUGAUCUCAAGAAUUUUUGCACAAGAAUACAAUACGGAAAUUAUGAUUUGUAAUUAUCGACCGGCAAAGAUCACAACACCCAGAUGCCGUUUCACUGAGCAAAGGGGUAAUAAUGUGUCGGCACCGGAUAACUGUGCAGUGGUUCACACUAUCAGUGCAGAUUUUGCCAUGUGUCCCGGUAUUGGUGUCCAGUUCAAUUGCAAAAACACCCGUGUCACAGAACAACUGAGACAGGAUAAGCACACCGGCAAUGUGGCAGUACUGAAAGAUCAAAAUCGUUAUGUCUACAAUUUAGUGACCAAAGAACGGAAUCAUGAGCGCGGAACAUAUGUGGCAUUGUUUUAUGCUCUAAUUGCUACCAGAGAUCAUAUGCGUAAAAAUGGUGUCACCAAAUUGGCCAUACCACGCCUGGGUUGUGGCAUAGAUCGCCUGGAUUGGUUGCGUGUUCGAGACAUUUUGGAAAUUGUCUUUGUUGAGGAUGCUGUUGAAAUUAGAACAUAUGCCCAUGAGCCUUUGGUGUCUAUGGCCAGUCGUGAAUCCUUGCACAUGCAUUGUAUGUCCUGUAAGAGGGCUUUCUGACACGGGCGCAAAGCGUCGAAGCCGCUGCCGCAGAAAAAGCCACCCAUUUGGAAAUAAUGUGUUGUUAAAGCUUUAAAACAAACUUUACUAAAAUAGAAUUAGAAAUCUCACUUUUUUUGUGGCAAAUGAAAUUGGAUUGUCAUCAUCAAGGUGAAUAUUAGCUUUGGAUAUUAUGAUCAUCACAGACCUGGUCAUAAUUGGAACGAAAAACAGUCCACGUCAAAGUCAUAGCUGGAAAGUUUUAAUGGCAUCACAUCAGCCACCGUGAAAAAUGAUGGCGGGGAUGCAUGACAAUCAAAAUGAUGUCACUUGUUUAUAUCUUUUUUCGCACCUGUAACCAUUUUCCAUUGUAUUAUUGUAAUUAACUUAUACAAAAACAAAAAAAAAAGACAAAAAAAAAACGGAAAAAUAAAACUUCGUAUAUAUUUAUGUUUGUUUUUUGUGAAUAAUAAAUAUGUAUUUAGUUGUAAACAAAUUAAAAACGUA